GGUUUUAGCUUUGUCCCCUAAUGCCCCACUUGACACCAUGCUGCUCUGUGUGGAUUUGGUCCUCAGGGGAAAAUCCUUAAAAUGAUGGAAGACAACAAACAGCUGGCGCAGAGGAUUGAUGGGGCCAUCCAGUCCGCCAGUCAGGAAGUGACCAACCUCCGCUCCGAGCUCUCUGCCACCAGCCGCAGACUGGCAGAGCUGGGCGCCAGCAGCCCCCCAGCCUUGGAGAACCACCACCAGCACAACCACCACGAUGACAGCCUCCACUACCGGGAUCCAUCAGUGCAUCACAGGCAGAAGUCGGUAGUGACGGACAUGUGCUACCCGACAGAGAUAUCCAACUUGAUGGACUUUGGCACUCCAGACUCCUCGCUAGGCAAAGUGUUGUUGCGCGAGGAGGUGGCCCAGCUUCAAGAGGAGGUGCACCUGCUGAGGCAAAUGAAGGACAUGUUGAGUAAGGACCUGGAGGAGACCCAGGGUGGCUGCUCUGCCAAUCUCCUCUCAGCCACCGAGCUCCGUGUACAGCUGGGUGACAAGGAGCAGGAGCUGGACCGCGCCAAGGAGGCCUUACAAGCUAUGAAAGCAGACCGCAAGCGUCUAAAGGUGGAGAAGGCAGACUUGGUGAGUCAGAUGCAGCAGCUAUACACCACACUCGAGAGCAGAGAGGAGCAGCUGCGAGAUUUCAUACGCAACUAUGACCAGCACCGAAAGGAGAGUGAGGAUGCAGUGAAGGCCUUGGCAAAGGAGAAGGACAUGCUGGAGCGGGAGAAGUGGGACCUGAGGAGGCAGACCAAAGAAGCCACGGACCAGGCCAACAUCCUGCGCUCUCACAUGGACAUGAAGGAGAACAGGAUCAAAGAACUGGAGGCUGAGCUCACCAUGGCGAAGCAGUCUCUGGCCACGCUGACGAAGGACGUACCAAAGCGUCACUCCUUGGCCAUGCCUUCAGAGCCCGUGGUGAACGGCAGUCAGGAGUGGGUGAUGCAGGCCGACCUGCCGCUCACCGCAGCCAUCCGUCAGAGCCAGCAGACGCUCUACCACGGACACACCACAGACAGACAGGCUGUAGUCAGGAUCAGCCCCUGCCACUCUCGCCAGCCCUCUGUCAUCUCUGAUGCCUCGGCGGCCGACGGGGACCGUUCAUCCACACCCAGUGACAUCAACUCCCCUCGCCACCGGACCCACUCCCUCUGCAAUUCCAUGGAGGACCUGGAGGACCAGAAGCGUAAGAAGAAGAAGGAGAAGAUGACUCUGGGAUCCCUGUCACGGGUGUUUGCUCGGGGCAAGCAGCGCAAGUCACUGGACCCUGGCCUGUUUGAUGGUACAGCCACCCCUGAUUAUUACAUAGAGGAGGAUGCCGACUGGUGAUGUGUGUGAGCGUGUGUGUGUGUGUGUCAGUGUAGAUAUCCAGAUGGCUUUGGGUAAUGAGCAUUUUGUGUAUGCCUGUUUGAGUGUAUGUGUGUGCAUGUGCGUGCGAGUGUGUGUUUGGGGGGCGCAUGCGUUUCAAAAGAAAAGCCAGAGAGAGACUGCUAUCUGUACAUGUAUAUUACUCUUAAAUUGUAUGUUUGUAAAUUAGAUAUAUAUUUAUAGAUGUACAUGUAUGCAUAUGUAUAUAUGUUUACAUGCAUAUAAAUAUAUAAGCGGGGUUAUUAUGUGUAGACAUGUUUAUGCUGUAUUAUCUGCCAAAUGUCUUAAUGUUUUCUUUUUUUUUUACAACUGGAGACUUGAAGGACUGCUGUUCAUAUGUAAAUAGGAGUUACUGUGCAACUAGUGCUUGUAAAUGUCUUUUGGCUUUUUUUUUUUUUACUUUACAGUUGCUUUUAUCAUGCUUUUGGACAUUGAUUUCUCAAUUUCUACUUAUCUCUUAUCUUAUUUGGCUUCCUUAUUUCUUACUGUUACACUUGUAAAGAGGAAAUCAAGAGAAUCUAAUCCCGGCUUAGUCAUUAGUUGAUUGGCUGUGUGGAAAUGGAGUUUAAAAAAGAAAAAAAAAAAAGGUACAGAUAGUCAGAUAGUCAGUCUGGAGCCAAGGUUAACUGUAAGGAGGUAAAAUUGUUGAUAUUUGGUAUUCUAGUUUACUACCAAAUACUAACAUCAUUGUUCCUAAACAGCCUCAUUCUCCCAUUUAUUUCUAAUUUCUCCAUUUGAAAAAUAAAUAUUUACUAACUGUGGUAGGCCAGAAAAUAGUGGUUGAAGUUGCUAUCUGGGAGGUGUGAAAGUCUAUGAUAGGAUUGUCAUCAGGCCAGUGGUAUGAAUACCAUGUGAGUAUAUAUACAUAUAUAUAGCCAGUAUAUAUACCUAGUGUAUAUAUACCCAGUAAUAUGAUGGCAAAGUAUGAUAAUGUGGACAGCAGGGAGGCUUUGUGGGUGUUGAUGUGGAGCCUCUUGAUCCAUUUUGUGAUGAUGAAUGUUUCAGAUUGUAAUGAUCUUCUCUAAUUAACGGCUGGCCUACAGGGUUCCCGACUGAGUCUUCCUUAGAUGAGAUUAACGGAAUAGAUUUAAAAACACAAAACCAAAAUUAUCUUUUAAAAAAUAAUUCAUAUUUAUUCAUACCCUAUGUCUGAUAAAUCCUGUCAAAACAAUGUGCAAGUGCCAAAGGUUAAAAAGUUGAUCUUUGAAAAGUAGGUGUCUGUUACCACUCCACCACUGUUAGCACUAGCCUUGUAACAUUGCUUAUGCCUUUGAUUAAUUUCCUAUUGACCGCUACCUAACAUGUGCCAAUAUGAGACAAAGGAAUGUGCAUUAAAACACCUGCAUGAUCACCUGUGCUGCUUUGGUUAGACGUCCAUUCAUUACCAGUCAGAUUAAUGAUCUCCACCACCCUGUGUUGCUCCUGUGUUGCCCGUAUCACUCCCCCUUUACCAGACUUUAUUUCGUUGCAUUAUGAAUGCACGGUCCCUUUUUGUUUUGUUGUUGAUGUUGUUCUGCUUUGUGCAGAACCCCUCCUCAUUUCUUGCAAAUGUGGUUCUAACAAUUAUCUGUUAAAUGGUUUGUAAUUUAGGAAAUGUUGCAUAAAAGAGUAAAUCUAUUGAAGUAUUUUAUUUAAAGAACAAGAGGUAACUUCAAAUAUGAGAUUAUCUGCUGCAGCUGUUGCAGCCAGAGGUUGA